GUUUAUUAGUUAGUAUCGACGGGUAUAUUAUAGCGAGUUGUAUUUGCUACGAAUGUGUGUUUUAUAAUAUUAUUUGUAAAAAUUUGUGACAGAAAUGACAGAAUAUGGGGUGUUGAAACACAAAUAUACACGAGCACAAAUUUCUCUAUGUAAAGAAAAAUUUCUAGAGCUAGAUGAAGCCAUGAAAAAAAUUAAAGACAGGGAAAUAACAUUAAGAGAAGCAGCAGGACAUGGAAUAGCUGGUCAUCAAGGAUUUAAUCGAUGCAACUGCAAAACUGGUUGUGGUACUAAAAAAUGUGAUUGCAAUGCAGUGGAAAUAUUGUGCAGUUCAACAUUUCAUAGUAACCAAAAUUGUACAAAUAAAUAA